CCAUAUUUGGGUAUUGUACUGCGCGCGCCGUCGUCAAGUGACGUUCACGUUCUCUUGCUAAAUAAGCCCAGUAUGAAUAAUCUGAACCGUCCUGAUUACGUAACUCUGAUGAAUACAAAGAUGAAGGGCGAACGUCAAGCUGCAGAGCUUCUCGAUGCUAACAACAUUUCUUAUUCAAGUCAGCUUCUUCAAACAAUGAACGAUUUCAGAAAGGAAGGAAUGUUUUGUGAUGUUAUCAUCAACGUAAAAGGAGGACGAAAAUUUGCUGCACACUGCACUGUCCUUGCCGCUUCUAGUCAUUAUUUUCGAAAGCUGUUCAGUUUUAAUUCGCGGCCAAGGAGUGAUCAUUUUGAGGUCGAUUUGGAAUGGCUGUACCCCGAUGAUGUGGGCGAUAUCUUAGACUACAUGUACACGGGACAAAUACAGUUAGGAGACAACGCUGAGUUAAUCUUAACAGCUGCUACGUACUUCAUAAUCGAGGAUCUACAAGAGGCUGUCACAGACUUCUUGCAAGAGCACUUGAACCUUUACAACUGCUUCUCCAUUCUAUCUGUGGCCGACGAGCAUUCGCUCCAGGCGUUGAAAUCGUCUUGUAGCCGUUUCAUCAGCGCAAAUUUCGUGCAAGCUACUGGCACUCCGUCGUUUCUCAGUUUACAGGAGACUUUGCUGGAGGAGGUCAUCUCGAACGAUGAUCUUGCUGUGACGAAUGAGAAGGAUGUCUUUAGUGCGGUCGUGCGAUGGAUCAGGCACGACUUAGACAACAGAGCGUGCCAUUUUAAAGAUCUUUUCUCUUGUGUUCGCCUGAGACGAAUGUCAAGGGACGUUCUUUUGAAUAUUGUAGCCAGAGAAACGCUCGUUCGGGAAAGCACCACGUGUUUGUCGCUUGUUCAGGAGGCACUCCAAACAGUCGGUUUACACGAGCAUAUUAGCAUAAGUGGUACGGAAGUCCCUAAGGAGUUUGUCAGUGCUGUAGUUAUGUGUGGUGGCACUGGAAGCAAGUAUGUUACUCAAAACAUUAAACACACUGUCUGCUACGUGCCUGCCAUUAAUAAAUGGUUUGAUUUACCGGAUAUGCUUCAUGGGCGAAAAGGUCACUCGACGGUUUUGUGUAACGGUGUUCUUUACAGCAUUGGACAUCACUCCGUUUUCAGCCAAGAAGGCAGCCGCUUAGUCCAGUGCUUUGUUCCGGGUGGCAGUGCCUGGAACACUCGCGCCUCACUGCCGAGAGGAAGCUGCUUCUCGGCUGCGGUCACUCUCCAAGGCCAGGUGUACGUCCUCGGUGGCAUCCACCAUGAGAACGACGGUACCAUGGUGUCAUUAGAGCCCUUACGGCUGAAUAUUCUUUUUGGUCGCCCUGUCAAUCUGUCUUCCACAGGAAUUUCUCCACUGAAACAGCUGUCACCUUUUUUUGUGGAUGAAAUCCGUAGAAACAUAGAUAACGGUCUCCUCACUGGGGAGGUCUUCACUGACCUGAAGAAGGCAUUCGACACGAUAGACCACCAUAUCCUUCUAAACAAGCUACAGAGAUAUGUGGCGUUUGUGACAAGACUCUUCUUUGGUUUUCCAGUUAUUUGCAAGGCCGUUCCCAACGUGUAG